GCAUUUUCCUGAAGCCCCAGCAGCCGCACCUCCACCUCCAAGAUCCCGGACCGGAUCACAGAGAAUCUGGCUGGAGGACACCGGGAGGAGAUUUUGCCUCACCGAGUGCCACUUAUGACUAUUAGGCUACUACCUUCGCCGAGCACACUUUUUUUACAAAGUGCCUCUCCCUUUGGAUUGUUUUUCUCCACGCCAAUGCAGUAGGAUCAAAGAAAAAUCAUCAACAUCCACGGAAAGAGUCGAUUGCGCGAUUCAUGCAUUUUAAAACAACGUUCUCAAUUAAUCAAUCGCUAUCAGUAAGAAACUAUUCAACCGUGAUUUGUAUCUAACAUAAUCGUAGUAGCCUAUUUAAUAAUAUAUACAGGCAUAUUUCAACGGUUGCAGUGCGGCUGUGCAUAAAGACGAAUUAAUAGUUUCAAAGCGAAACGCAACCUGCAUUGAGGUGCACUCUGGAGAAUUGCGUAUAUCGACUCAUUUUUCGCGUCUCUUUGGCGACUGAUUUUAAACUUGCAUCUUAGACAUCAUAUAGCUGAUCAAAUUCUCAUUCGUAUUGGAUUUUUCCCACGCAUAGGAGGAUAAUUUAUCGUUUCUCUUAUUCGUCGCAUCCUUCUCCAUAUUCACCAUGAAUUAUCUGCGACGUCGACUGUCGGACAGUAAUUUUAUGUCCAACUUGCCCAACGGCUACAUGGCCGAUCUACAGCGGCCCGAUCCGCCGCAGCAAAGCCCUGCCCCGGUGGUGUCGCCGGGAUCUCAAGAGAGGCGUCAACCCCCCAGCCAGUCUACGGGCGCCGGUUUCUUUUCCUCCCUUUCCAACGCCGUCAAACAGACCACCGCCGCCGCUGCCGCCACCUUUAACGAGGCCACCGAGAGAGUCGGCUCGAGCAGUGCCAAGAUUCUUCUGGUCAUUGAUGACCAGCAGACAGACUGGGCAAAAGUGUUCAAAGGCAAGAAGGUUCAUGGUGAAUUUGACAUCAAAGUAGAACAGGCUGAUUUCUCUGAGGUUAAUCUGGUGGCUCACGCAACAGGAAGCUAUAGUGUGGACAUUGAGGCCAUCCGCAAUGGCAACAAAAUAACAAAGUGUUUCAAACCAGAUUUUGUACUGGUACGACAGCAUGCUUACAGCAUGGCUAAGAAUGGCGACCACAGGAACAUUGUGAUUGGACUACAGUAUGCUGGCCUGCCCAGUGUCAAUUCUCUUCACUCUGUCUACAACUUCUGUGACAAACCAUGGGUGUUUGCUCAGUUAUCCAGAUUGUGCAAGCAGUUGGGUCCAGAGGAGUUCCCACUGAUCGACCAGGUUUAUUACCCCAACCACAAGGAGAUGAUCACUACACCCGGCUUUCCUGUGGUAGUGAAGAUGGGUCAUGCUCAUUCUGGUAUGGGAAAGGUCAAAGUGGACAAUCAAUACGAUUUCCAAGAUAUUGCAAGCGUUGUGGCUUUGACGAAGACUUAUGCCACAUCUGAGCCUUUUAUUGAUGCCAAGUAUGACAUACGAAUCCAGAAGAUUGGUGACAAUUACAAAGCCUACAUGAGGACAUCUAUAUCUGGCAACUGGAAGACCAACACAGGGUCAGCCAUGUUAGAACAGGUGGCCAUGUCUGACAGGUAUCGCAUGUGGGUGGAUGUAUGCUCGGAGGUUUUCGGAGGUCUUGAUAUAUGUGCUGUAGAAGCAUUACAUGGUAAAGGUGGUCAAGAUUACAUCAUAGAGGUGGUGGGCUGCUCAAUGCCUCUCAUUGGAGACCAGCAGGAUGAGGACCGGGCCCUGAUUGCUGAUCUCGUUGUGAACAAAAUGAACCAGACUGUGCCACGUACUUCAGCUCCAACUCCAGUCCGUCCUCUGGGGCCAGCUGUUUCACCCCAACCCAUCUCUCCUCAGUCUAAAAUUUCACAGGCUCAACAGCGCCCUCCAACACAGGGAGGUCCACAACAACCACCUGCUAGCACUCCUCCUGCUCGUCAAGGAGCCCCGCCACAGCAGCGUCCCUCUCCCCAGGGCCAACCCCCUGUCCAGCCCCAGUCUGUGACCAGUCCUAAUGCCCAGAACCCCCCUGCUCAUCAAACCAAGCCACCCAAUCAAGCCCCACAGCGACAAGCCAGUCAAGCGGCCACAAGUCAGCAGAGGCCUGCUAUUGCGCAGGGUACCCCCCAGCGUGGCCCAGGUGGUUCUCCUCAGGCACAGAGGCCCCAGCAAGGCGGCCCCCAACAGCAGCCACAGAGGCCUCCAACUGCUGGCCAGGGUCCCAAACCAGCUGUUCAGGGCCAGCAGAGGCCCCAGCAGCAAAGACAAGGCCAUCCAACCAGGCAGCCAACCCAAGGUGGGCCACAGCCAACCCAGGAUGCCGCACAACCAACCCAACAACAGCAGGGUGGUCCACGUCCCCCCACUACUCAACAACCACGGCCUACUUCACAGGGCCAGGGAGGACCAGGAGGUGCACGGCCUCCUUUGCAGCAGAAACCCCAACCUCCGCAGAAACCAAGUCCUGAUCACCCAGCUCUGAGUGGAUCCCCACAACUCAACAAAUCCCAGUCUCUUACCAAUACAUUCAACAUUCCAGAAACGCCGGCCGCCCAGCACCAAAGUCCUAGCCAGGACGAAGCCAAGGCCGAGACCAUCCGCAACCUUCGGAAAUCCUUUGCAAGCCUCUUCUCCGUGGAAUAAAACCACACACACACACACACACACACACACACACACACACACACACACAUACGCACACACACACACACAGUACAUGCAGUAGAUGUUGAAACAGAUGUCAUCAUGUUUAUGUUUAGACUCUUACUCAGUCUUUAUGAAAAGCAUAGAGACAACUUGUGUCAUAUACACUCUGUGCAAAAAGGACCAAUUAUAUUGCACAUUGUGGUGUGCAUACUGUAUGUGUACAUGUCAGAUUUGUGCACAUCAAUUUGCAAUGCGACAUCGAUAAAACACUGCCUACACUGCUUAAAGAUUGCAAUAUUGAGUGAGAUAUAACACAAUAUAAUAUAACACAAUUACAUUUGCAACCAUUAAAAACAUUCCCUGUGUUUUUUGUGUCCAGUUGAAAGGAGGGAGGUGUGAAAACACAAUAACACACACACAUACACACAAACACUCCCACUCAACCUUUUACACUACCUACACAAUUACUGAACCUGCACACACUUAACACACAUGCUAAUACUUGCCUAUUUGUGGAUUCAUUCCAAGCUCCUAUUAUGAACUUCACUGAUUAUCCUAGAUUCUUUUUGAAAUGAUAGCUUCAAAGUUUUGGUGGACACUUAUUGUAGAGUCAUACACCCUCACACUUUUCUCAGAUAUACGAUAUGUCUGCUAAUUGUUUGAAGCAUGUUCUGUUACAAUAAGGAGCACCAUCUAACGGUUUUAUAAAUGCACCACAUUGUAAUAUAACCAAAUGAUUUAUUGUUUAUGUUUGAGCUCAGUUUGGAUUCUACAAUGAUGACCCAUUGUGAUGUUGUUUAAAUUUGCACAAGCUUCCAUCGUCAAACUAACCCUGUGGCUGUAUCCACUUGCGAUACUGUUCAAACUGCAUGUUACUUAAGAGAAUGUAGUCGCACAAUGUGGGUGGUCUUGCUUUAGUAACUGUUGCAAUUAGAAAAGUUAGUCGUAGUGAAAAUGUUGUUUCUUUUUUUCUGUGAGCAAGCUGUCACUGCUUCCCUAAUGUCCCUUUUCCUGAACAAACAAAUGACUCACAAUCGUACGCCCUUAAAUAUGUUUAAUAUGCCUUUGCCAGAGAGGCAUAAGGUUUUCAGAUAUUGGUUUUCGAGCAAUCGCAUAUGUCUCAGGGAUGUCCUGGAGAGAAAGACAAAAUGACCUACUGUCAUUGAUCAGAUCAGGUUUUCCAAUCCAUACUGUAGAGAGUUACUGAUCUGCUGUUGUGAAGGCCAAUAAAGGGAGAUAAAUGUUAGCUGGUUUUGUGUAAUGUAUUUGUUUGCUGCAUGAACAUGUUUGCACACCAGUACUGUAACACUUGAGAACAUAUGAGAUGAGUGAAAGCUCAGGAAGGUUUGUAUUAUCAAGAAUGUUUUACAUGCAUUGGGGAAGGCAUUUUAAGCUUUUCACAGCUAUUUGGUAUGCCUGAAUGUUGAUGAGCACAGGAGAACAUGUGGGUGUUUGGAGCUGUUUGUUCAUCACACAUUGGCCUUAUGAAAAUGCAAAGCCAAAAUACAAAGCCAAGGAUACCAUCAGCAGUUGUCACAGUUUAAAAUUUCUUAUUUUAAAGUGAUGCCUGUCACACGUUGGUUUUUAGAUUAAACUGCUUCUAGUAUGUCCAAGUGUGUCCAGUUACACAAUGUGGAUCCUUAAACUAAUUGCUCCUACAACGCCUCACCAAACCGCAGGAUUAUAAAACUGGACCAGUAGUGUGGCAGUGUCUUCCACAAGUGAGGAUAAAACAGUCCCAACACUGGCAAUAUAUUUAGCCAUUCAAAGUAUCCCAAUCCGAAACCCAUCCGCUUCCCGCUCACCAGUCUGUUGUGUAUUCACAGUGAUUCUUUCGUGACAAAUGGUGCGUUAACGUGUAUAUAUAUCUGUAUAAUGUAAUGUUGUACCGUAAACUGUCAAAACCAAAUAGAAGUGUUGCACAGAUCUUAACUCAACAACUGAUGCAAAUGUCCUGCAAUUAAUUUGAUCAUUGGGUGAUCAUUGCUGACAUAUUGUGGGUUUGUCUGUGACAGGAUUUUACUUUGUUCAUAUGUGAUUUAGGUUGUGCAAUAUCUUUGUUGUAAACUAAGCCUACCAGAAAGGUCUGUGUUCUUUAUUUGACAUAUUUUAUGAUACAUUUGCAGUUAAAAGUCAUCUUCAGUGUGUUCAUUGUUAUGAUCAUAAGUGCUUUGAUUGGUUUACCCACUGUAUGUUGUAAUCUAGAUGAUCCAACAUUAUAUUAUUGUGGCUCAGGCAAACUUUCAGUGCUCUAAUGUGGUUCAUGUUUUUACAAACUGGGAUAGGUCUGUGUGUUAAAUGAUGGCUUUAAUGAAUGCUUAAUAAAUAACUUUAUCACUGAUGCAAUCAAGUCUGGAGGCAAAUUAAAUGUUUUUCAAUAAUUCAUUUGAAUGUUGCAGUACUUAAGGAACCCAUGCCUGAGGUUUUUACUUCAUAAUUAGUUGUGUAUUUGGACAUUGGUUUUUAUUAAUUUUCAUGUUUACAUUGUUACUUUCUUUUCAUAGAGCAAGGAACUGUCUCCUUUUAAAGAAAAUGUAUUAAAAUGUGUCAUAAUUGCUUAAUAGGUUUAUCCUGUUCUGACUGUUUUAAUAUCAGUGAAUUUUGUCAUCUGUUAUUGCCUGCCAAUUGUAUAAAGAAAGGAAGAUAUAAAAUUAAUCAUAAAUAUAUGGAAUUAUAGUCUUAAAUCCUAUAAAAAUGAAAAUAUUGUUAAAAAAGUGUGUAGUAUGACACAACGAGAUGCAACUUUGAUGUGAUCUUUGAUGUAGCUUAAUAAUGGUGUAAAAUGACUAUGCUAAAAUAUGUGUACAUAUUCAAUAAAGUCUAACAAAUGAA